GUUGAUUAGACAGUUGCGCAUCAUCAAAAAUCUUGAACUUUGUGAGCAGAAUCUACAACAAACCAACUUCAACUCCACGCCAAUCACGACCAACCUCUUCACAAUCGCCAAAAUGAGCGCUCAACAACUUUCCAUUGAUAACGCCGACCUCGAGAAGCUCAACGAUAAGGAUCGCCUCGAGCUUCGCCAGUUCCUCGCCAAUGAGCAGCAGCGCUCCCAGAUCCAAGCCCAAACACACAGCUUGACCCAAAUGUGCUGGACCAAGUGUGUUCCUGGCAACAUCAAGAACCCCAAGCUCGACAAGUCCGAGGAGACAUGUCUCGCCAACUGUGUCGAGCGAUUUCUUGACGUCAACUACCUUACGAUGAAGCACCUCAACGGCAUGCGCAACUAAGAGGCUGAUUUCAGCAUGGAAGUAAUGUUAUUUUCAACUAUGUAUUACGAGAUUUUUUGUAUGAAUAGACGGGCCGUGGUCAAAGUGGAAAAUUCAGGUUGUGACCACGACGGACGACUGAGCCUAUGUUGGUCAAAGUGACUGGCCAUUGGGCUAUGUGCAUCACGAACGGUUUAGAAAAAAAACAGAUCUCAACCAUGAUUGUUUGGGAAAGGUUCAUCUAAAAUGGUUAUACCCCGUUUUGACUUGACUAGCAUAUUGUUCAUGUUUAUAUGUCACCGUAAUUUCCACGAACUAUUCCCCAAAAGUGGUUGGAAACAAACAACGCAAAAGAAACUUACGGCCCCUAACUACAAAUCACACUCACGUAUUGUCACUCAAAUCAUAUCAAGGCAGCAUCUUGGACGACUAAGCGGAGCCGUGUCCCGGGUGGUAUUGAAUUCAUGAUCAUUUGCACUCUCAACGAGAAGUUCUUUUUACGCCUAUUCCGAUGCCCAUGCCUUGCAUUUUCAGCAGGCCAGAAACCAACCCAAAGACACGCCAGAGAAGCCAGGAACCCACAAGCCCGGUGGUAUUUUUAGACGAGAGAGAGCUUGUUGGCAGCAAUGUCGAGAGCAUCGACAUCAGGGGUCAGGCGGGCGUAGGCCUUCUUGGUACCGUCAGGGCGGA